AUGUCACAUAAAAUUAAAGUAGACGUAAAUGAGGAUGAAAUCCAAGCAGGUGGAGAAUUGAUACUUUGCUUGGCAGAUUAAUAAUUGUUGGAUGGUGACCAAUUAAACGAAGUAGACGAUGUUCUAGAGAACGAUCACAUCAAAGUUUAAGAUUAAAUUAAGAAAAAUGAAAAAUUAAAAGAAUAAAUAAAAAAGGCUCAUUAUAGUUAAAAAUACGAUGGUGAAGAGAAAAAGGAAAUCUUGGAGAAGUAUGAUGAAAUUAAAAUACAAAAGGAAGGCUUUUAUAUUGCUACUGAUGGAAAGAUAAUAGAAGAACCAAAGUAGAAUGACUUAUAGGCAAUAAAAAGCAAACUAAACAAAAAUUAGCAGAUUUCAUUAAAUGUAGUAGAUACUGUGGCAAGUGAUUAUAAGCCAAGUAUUCCAACCACAUUGAUUAAAAAGAAAUUUCAAAAACCAUAAUAAUCAAAUCCAUUUGCUGAAGAACGAAUAUCAAAGGUAGAUAAAGCUCUAUUGGAGGAAGAUGAUUAUGAACUAUUACAAAGAUCCAUUUUAAGUUAAUAAAGAUAGAAAAUGAACUAAUAAACACAAAAAUAAGAAGAUAAUAUUAAAGAGCUUAUGGAUUAAAAUAAAUAAAAGGAGGAAGAAUUGUAGAAGCAAAAAUAAAAUGAAUUUAUGAUUCCUUAAGUAAAGAUUCAAGGAAGUGAGGUGUAAGAAAUUAAGGUCAUUGAGUAAUCAACUGAUUUUUUAAGCAAUGUUAAGACAGACAAGGAAAUGGAAGAGAUUAAUCUAAGAAUUAACACAGGAUAUUCAAUUAGAGAUACUAAAAAUGGAACUACUUCAGUUGUAAAUGUGAGAUUACCCACAGAAAGAAUAGUUGUUUAGAAUAGAUAAUAAUAAUCUAAAAUGGAAUUGGAGAACAUUAGGGAAGAGACUUAAAAAAAUGACAUUUUUAUUGAGAAAGAGGAACAAUAAGAAGAAUAAUAGGAGAAAGAUAAUGAUGAAAUUAAAAAGGAUGAAGAUGGAAUAGAAUUUCUGGAAGAAGGAUAACAUGCUCAUGGAUUGACUGCAACUUUAGAGUUACUUAGAAAGAGGGGUGAAUUGAAUCCAUCUAAGUAUGAUUAUGUUGGGAGAAAUAAAGAUCAGAGAGUUUUUAAAGAUCAAGAACAUAAGGAUGGGGAAAUCAAUUUAGUUUAUAGAGAUCAUUCUGGAAAAUUAAUGACACCUAAAGAGGCAUUUAGAUAUUAAUGUUGGAUAUUUCAUGGGGAUGGUCCAAGUAAGAACAAAAUAGAGAAAAAGAAGCAAAGAGAUUUAAUUAGACAAAAAUAAAAAAUGAGGGCUUAAUCAGAAGGACCCUUGAUGCAAGCUUUGAAGGAAGAGUAGAAGAAGAAGGGGGUUGCACAUUUGGUAAUAGGGAAAAAGAAGUUAUGA